AGCAUACAAUAACCUGCCGUUGUUACUGUGUCCUAAAUGCAAGGGAAGGAGAAGCGGAACGCUUAAUGGCGGACACUGUUUCCCCGGAAGCGGAAGUGCCUGUAAUGUGCACACUGGGCAUGUGAAGCUCAGAGGCUGCUUGAGCUGUUGCAGUAAAAGGGCAGACUGCUGUAUUAGUAAUGAAAGUUGACCAUCGCUGCAGUUGUGGAUGAAAGAUCCCACCGUGGAUUUGCCAUCCUUACCAGCCUCUCCCUCCUUCAAGCUUCUUCAUCACAGCUGGGAAUCUCGUCACUUUCAUCACUACUGCCACACCAUGUUCUGGGAGGUGCCGUAUUUGAUUCUGAGGCGACUACGAGCCCAGCGUGAACAAUUAAGUGAGGAAGCUCAAUAUGAAUCGCAACAACGCCAGUAUAGAGAAACAAAUAAUAUUAAUAGGAGGCAGUUUCUGAGACGGCGACGAAGAAGGAGGAUAUUCCCUGUCAGAAUUAAUCUCUCUGAAAUAGACGAGCAUGAUAUUAAAGAGCGUUACCGCCUUAAUUCAGAUGCUAUAAUGUCCUUAUAUGAACUCAUAAAGAAAGACUUAAUCUCUACCACGAAGCGGAGUAAUGCCGUUCCAGGUAUUGUCAAGUUACUCUGUGCUCUUCAUUACUUCACAAGCGGCUCCUUACAAAGCACGGUGGCCGAAGCUGGCGGCAUAACUCAAAGCACCUUCAGCCGUGCCCUGUCCGAGGUCAUAUCUGCUAUCUUAAAGCUUACUGAUCAGUUUAUAAACUUCCCCCGCAAUCCUGCUGGACUACAGCUCCUCAAAGACGGAUUCCAGCGAAUCGAUGGGUUUCCAAAUGUAAUAGGAGUGGUGGGCUGUACACACAUAGCCAUAUCCCCCCCAUCUGAGAUGGAGCAACGGUACCGUAACCGGAAACAUUAUCACUCUAUCAAUGUGCAGUUAGUAUGUGACUCGGAUAUGAGGAUCUUGGAUGUGGUCUCACAAUUUCCCGGAUCCACAGAUGACUCAUCCGUUCUGAAUCAAACCGAAAUACAUGACCGAUUUGAGAGCGGAGAAUUCAAUGGGUGGUUGUUGGGGGAUUCGGGAUAUGGCGUCAAGCCCUGGCUUCUAACUCCUUUUGACAACCCCGCUACUAAUUCAGAAAUCCGUUACAAUUUAUCGCACGCUGCAACCUAUUCUGUUAUGGAGCAAACGAUUGAUGUGCUGAAAAGCCGCUUCCGAUGUCUAGAUAAUCCUAAUGGGGUUCUUCUAUACAACCCGGAGAAAGUUUGUAAAAUUAUUGUGGUGUGCUGCAUCAUUCACAAUAUAGCAGUCUUGAAGAAUAUUGACAUUGACAUUGCUCUGGAUCUCAGACCUCCCAUCAAAGAUGAAUCGAUUGAGGAUGACACAAUGCAGGGCAGUUUGCAGAGAGAUAAAGUUAUGGCAGAUUACUUUUCUGAUUAACCUGCCUACAAUACUGGCUAGCUCUGCGGUGCUGCCCCAGGACAUGUAAUGACAUUGCUUAUACUGUGCAUGUUCUAGGCCUGUACCUUACAUCGAAGACUAACUACUAGUUGUACCUAAUAUUAUACUUGCCAUGCACCAGUUUGUUACAUAUAGCAUUACUUUUAAGCUGCACUUUUUUAGUUGUUUAUGUUAAUAAAUCUUUUUUCUAGCAA